AGACGACAUGCAGAAGUGCAAGUGAAAUUCGAAGUGGGGGUGACGGGGAGGGACAUGAUGAGAACGGAUGACACAAAGAAAGAUAAAGGAAAAUUACAGUUUGUCCCGAAGUUUUCGGCUCUCUUUUUACAACCACGCCUCUCUUUGCUUUUACCCCAUCUGUCAACAUUUCCACGUGGGUGGCUUCCGAGAUGGUCGGCCUUGGCGGAAAAGCAGUUAUUGACUAGUGUGACACACGCACAUAAAGAAGGAGUGCACACAUUAAAUCCUCCGCAGCACCUCCAGCUUCACUACAGGCAACGAAUCACCGUACUGCAUCUUAUCAAAGAAAAGAACUGUUGUAUUGUUUUCGAUGCGCCACUAUUCCCAGCGCUUGAAUUCAUUUUUACACUUUUCUACACAGUAGGGGUGCAACAACUUACCCACUUAGCGACAACUCACCUGUUAUCAAAUUCAUGUACAAUCGACUUAUCAUCUAGAGCUUUCAAAUUAAAAUUGGCCUUAUGUUAAUUGACCUUUUUUUCCCCUCGGUCAGUGGGCUCAUAAAUUGACUCAGAUCAAUUUUCCAUAAUGAAAAUGAACACAUGACUCUUUCAUAUCAAUAGUGUUAGCAUACCUCUGUUCGCUAUGAUGAGUGUGUGUUAUGAGUAAAAUAGGAUUACAUAGUUGAAAUUAGCUGACCUACUUUCGCUAUUUCCAAUUAGCACUGAUGAUUAUAGAAAUUAUCUGUACGGGUAAUUACUGUCACUCAGUGUUUUCUUAGAUGCACAAUGUGUGAUUAAAUCUAAAUUUAAGUACAGCCCCCACAGCAGCACCAGUUUACAUGAGAAAUUCUUAAACAUAUCAGUUUUUCCUGGCAAAAUGAACAUUAGAGAGUGUUGAUAGUUAAUAAAAAAUUUAGAAGAAUUCAUUUAUUUCCUUUCACAGGGAACUGUGGAAGGUGAGCAGAUUUAGUUGCAUCCUCAAUGGCAGUAGGAAGUGAAUAUGUUGAAAAUAAAUGAAAACAAGAGAACAACACAUUGGAGUGGUUCAAGGUUGUGUCAAGCCCCCUCUAUUUGCUGAGGGGAGGGGAAGCUGAUGUGGAAAGAACCUUCACAUCCAUCCAUCCAUUCAUCACCUUGCUCAGGGUCAAAGGGCGUUACUCACAAAAUGUCAUUUAUUUACUCAUGAAACCCAUUUUUACUGCUGUGUCCAAUUUACUACAUACUUAUCAUAGACAUAAAUAUAGAACUACCCAGCCAUCACAUCACAGCAAUGGUGUUUGUUUAUUACUGUGUUUGAAAUUAUUUUGCACAUCUUGUUUGGGAUGAAAUUCAUUUAAAAAGGUUUGUUGUUUUUUUACUUCACGUAGAUCCUAAUUUAGUCAAAAGCGUUAAAUAUGAAAAAUCCAGAACACAGUAUAUCCUAUAUAAAAUAAUACAGUUACGCUUGUUUGCAAGUUGUGAAUAGAUGAUUCCUGUUAAUAAAUAAUGCUCACUUUCAAUCUAUAAAUUUGUACAUUUUGUAAUUUCUAUAAUUUCCAAUGGUGAUAGUAACUAUGUUCAAACAAUAUAUGUAUCAUGUACGUUUCAAAUGAAUUGUCCAAAUGUGAGUUAGGGCGGCAUGGUGGGUCAGCUGAUAAAGCGUUGGCCGCACAGUUCUGAGGUCUUGGGUUCAAUCCCGGACCCGCCUGUGUGGAGUUUGCAUGUUCUCCCGUGCCUGCAUGGGUUUUCUCCAGGCACUCCGGUUUCCUCCCACAUCCCAAAAACAUGCAACAUUAAUUGGACACUCUAAAUUGCCCCUAGGUGUGAUUGUGAGUGUGACUGUUUGUCUCUCUGUGCCCUGCGAUUGGCUGGCAACUAGGUCAGGGUGUACCCUGCCUCCUGCCUGUUGACAGCUGGGAUAGGCUCCAGCACUGCCCGCGACCCUGGAUAAGCCACAAAGAAAAUGGAUGGAUGGAUGUGAGUUAGAGACUUUACCAUGAAGCUUGGUUUGAGUCAGCAUUGACAACCUGAAUAAGAGACAUGAAUGACUAAAAGCCAUCAGGUACUGGAAUUUGGUGAAGUAUUAGUAUAAUGCGUCCUGAUGUAAUGCACACCGCCAAAGUUGACCUAAAAAAAAUCAUCAGGAAAACACUUCUACCAAUGUACAAUGCGCACCACCAAUUUGCUCCCAUUUUCUCUCUCUCUCUCUCUCUCUGUCUCUCUCUCUCUCCCUCCCCUUCUCCUUCUUUCAGCCUGUCCCAUUAGUGCUCAAAAUAUUAGCAAUUAUCUGUAUUUGUAUUUUGCUUGGUUUAUACAUUUAUUGCGUGUACUUGUAUUGGUUUUCAAGAAAUCGUCUUUACAACAAUCAUUAAUAAUAAUAAUAAUCUUUGUGCAUGUACUGCUGCAGCGGUAAUAUAUAUCUUGGGACAGGCCACAGUAUACGCUUGUCCUGGUCCCUGCAAUUGUCUCAACGAACUAAAAUAAAUGGUUAACGAUGGCAUAACAUUUUAAUAAUACUGUUGAUAACACAUAUUACAGUCUUAAAUAAAUAAACCAACACUCUUUAACUUAAAAAAAAAUGCAUUCAAUAUUUGUGCAUAGAGCAGUUUAUUCACUACAUUACACAUCCGUGGCCAAGACUUCAAAAGAAGCAUUUGACUCAUCUCCAAUCUGAAAACUAUCCAUCGUAGCUACCUUUGAUGCAUCACUGUCAAACUCAUCAUUGAUGAAUUGAUCUAGUUCUGGUGCUUCCUGCAUUCAUGAACGGUGAUCCUAUCUUGUCAUCCUCUAUGCCGUCCAUGGUGUUUGUGAGGAAACAUUUUUUUAAAAGUGCCAUGGCUCCCUUGAUUUCUCAUUAUUGUCAGCGCUUUGAGGGGAAGGUCCACCGUGCUAACAGCGGAGCCUCUUGGAGCCGUUCGACUACAAUCUCUCUUCAUGGCGUCAGGUCGCGAUCAAAAUGAAAGAUCAAACUACGUAGAAAUGAGCGUAAUGGGCAAUUUUAAAAAAGCAAGCAUUUCAAUUGUGUAUGCUAUCUUUUUUUUUUUUUUUGCAAAUGAUCUUAGGAUCGUACUACGUAGUUUCAGCUCAAGUUGUUUUGCUUCCCGUUUGGCCGCAUCAUCGGCCGUACUGGUGAAAGAUUUCUUUUAAAAGCGGCUGCACAACGACCCCUUGUAAUCGACAUUUUUUGUCUUAGUUUAAGUUAAAACAAGUUGUUUCUGAUGUUUGGUACAGUAGCUAUAAAUAUACUAUGCUAACAAUCGUUAAAUGCAAAGCCCCGCUUACUUACUGUGUGACUUGUCCCAUUCACAAAAUCCCUGCCUUCAUCCGCAGGUUGAUCCUAAACCUCACUCCCCCUCACUUGCUUUCCAUUCCCUCAUUACAUAGAGAUAGCUGCGUUGAGCUCUCACCUAACGGCCUUGACUGUCGACAACCUGCCAAUUACUUCCAAGCGGGCUAGAAAGAACAUGCUAGCAAGUGGGUGGAUUACAAGAAAGUGGCAGAAGGAACACUGCUUCUAAAAUUGGAUGUGAUCAAGCUUCAAAGCCAUCACAGAGAAGGAGAGUUCAUGCUGCGUGUGGGAGCAUAAGUAGACGAUGCGUAUGUGUGCGUAUGAAUCCCGUAUGUGAUGGACUGUGAUGGCUGUCAAGGUCAAAAGAAGUUGUAUUCUCAUCUACAAACCGGAGAGAUGGAAGAGGGUCUGCAGAAUCGCAGGUAUUUUUAGCAACUCGAUGACAUCAAACAGCGUUGGGGCCAGAUAGCUGUCCAAUUACAUAGUCUGUGUUUGCAGCACUCACAUGCCAUUAUUUGAAAAUGCCAUGUUGUAAUUUGCAUGGUCAUUACUGCCCCACGUAAAAAAAACAAAAACAAAAAAAAAACUAUCAGUUUAGUCUACUCAUGUUGAAUUAGGCCUUUACCUGAGGUGAAGAUAAGUUGGGGUUCCGUGACAGAUCGCGAAACCCCGUGGGAGUCAAAAUUACAUUAAGUACAAACAUACCAGAAUUUCUCAAGUAUAAUUGCAAUUUUUAGGUGUGGGGGAGAUUUCUAGACCCACUAUAAAAAUGAAAAAAUGUAUUGUUAAAUUUGACACACCACAGAUUUUUUUUUUUAAAUCCUGCCAAAUUUGAAUGAUUUUAAAAAAAAGUCCCCAUGCAUGUGAACUAAGGCUCUGAAAUCUUGAAAAAUAAGGAUUGAGCUUCAGGGCUGUGCAGGUGUGUUCACUGGAAGCAUUGGAGACUGCCCUUGACAUGUCAAUCAAAAACAUUUGCUCGGAUCAACAUGCCCAAGUGUAUGCAGUCAGCUACUGAAUGCGAUGCAGUGGUUGUGGUUCGAAAACAGUUAACUUUCGUGCGUGUCUGUCAGGAGAAACACAUACAACGACAGUUUCUCAUCAAUUAGAAUGAGUACACGCACUUUUGUAAGAUGUGAUAAUAUCAGUUUCAACCCUAUAAGCUGAAGAAGAAAAAUAAAUUACCAUUUCAUGAGCAGAAAAAUAGAACUCAGGGGCAGGCAAAUUACCACAAAGAUUGUUCACAUUAUGAACAAUAGUGGGGCCCAAUAUUGAACCUUGAGUCAUGCCCUUUUGUACAAGGAGAAAAGGAGAAAAAGACCCAUUGACCUGGAAACACUGCAAUCUAAAGUAUCUGAUAAAGAAUUAGAAACCACGGCAACUGUUUUGUCAGCUACUUUAUGCAUUUUUCAAAGAAGACGAGCACAUUAUCUAACGUCAAGACAGCAGCAUAGCAUUUAGCUUUAUAUGGCAUCUAAUCACGUCAACAAGAUGAGUUUUGAAGACAUUCACUUCCACGUGUGGAGUAUGCAUAUUCAUUAUGCGUCCAUGUGAUGUUGACGUCAGUUCAAAAAAAGAAAUACAUCUUGGUUUCCCUCCAAUUAUUUGUAUAAAUUCAGUGCCCUCUGCAAUGUUUGCUUCAACACAGAUGUGCAUCAAUGACGGUUCCAGGUUCUUAAUUUUAGCACUCUCAAAAAGCAGACGCCUGAUGAGUAAAUCCAAUCACUGGGUUUGAGACUUCCUGUUGAUAGUGCUGUAAGAAUGAGAAAUUGCUCACCUUCACCGAUCAUAUUUUAUUUUCCAACAAGACCUAGCUUCCUAACUGUCUAGAUAAGUUAGACGAUGGUCUUAGUGAAAUUCAGCGCACUAGUACUCCAAAAGUCCUUUAUAUCUAAAUAUAAGAGUGAUUUUGAACACCAAAUUAUUGCCGAUUUAUUCAUAUUCAACUUCCCAUUUACACUGCUACCUUGUGCUAACUCUGGUGUGUGUGCACGUGUGUGCAAGAAAAUAUUUGGGGAAGUUGUGGUUAGGGUUGGACUCGGUCACUGGGUGGGGAGCUUUCACAAAUAUCAAGGAGGUGAUGAGAAAAUUUGGUGUGCGCAGACUGAGGUCAGAUCAACGCAAGACUGCAGAGUUGUGUGCGAUCAUCCGAGCUAACAUUGAUGUUAAAUACUCCAAAAAAGAUGAAUAAAGGCUCCACUGCGAAUAAUGACGCUGAAUGUCCAACCAAGUCAUCUUGCCGUUACAAUAAUGUGAUUGAAACUAAUGGGAAACGUGCUCCAGAGUGCAAGGGAAAGCAAGGUUUGGUCAUAUCGGACAAACAGGAAGUCGGACGGCAAUCAGGCCGCACGACCUCCACCUCCUCCUCUCAUCAACGCCGCUGGUCCAGUGACUGUUGCUACAGCAACAGCUCCACUGUCAUUAUCAUCAAGAAAAACGUGAGCGAACCACAGCCUCCACAGCGGGGGUCGUCCCUUCUGAGAAGCCAUCCUCCAUCUCGUUGUCCGAGACAACGCUACUCCAGCCCAAUUAUUGGGACAGACCACACAAGUCAUGUGUCAACAUCCUCGUCUUCUUCCUGGUCUUCUUCUCCUGUCCGGACAGCUCUCAUAACCGGCCAUGACCCUCUUGGUUGGAAGUUACGUCCCAAAUCCGGCACCUACUCCAACCGGGCUCACAUUAAAAGGUUGUCACUGCCGCUCCCAGUCACCAUUCCCGAUCCAAAUUUUCUCCUAUCCAACAAAUCUCCCACAACUUCACUCGACCCUGUCCGGAAAACCAAAACCCACUACCAAAACAAACCAACCCGCCGCCACCACUCAGACUCUUCAGCCUUCCUUGGUUCCAUGCCAAUGGUGACACUAGAGGAGCUCCGCGGCGUGCACCUCCGCUCGAAUAAACCGGACGACAUCUUCUGUGAAGAAAAGACGAGCCCUCGGCAACACAAAAAGCCACCAGCUGUUCCGGAAAAAAGUCCUCUGGCAAGAAAAAUAGCACAACUCAUUGCUCAUUCAGGGCAGCAGCAAUUGCGUGCUGCCCGUAAAAUUGAGCAAGGCGAAAUCAUUUACAGCGUGAUAAAGCCAAAAUCAAAACGACGACAAGCUGAGAACCAUUGCAGCCUGGAUGCCAAAAUGAAUGGGAUGCACCUAAAGAGCCAUGAAUAAUCGCCAAUGUGCAAAAAAUGCAUUGGUCACUUGAUGGUUACAACAAUUGUGCAUUUGUUCAUGUGCUUUUGUUUUGAAGACCCCCAAAGUUAAACACGUCAAAUCAAUUCAAGUCAAUAUUUUAAUCUCAAAAUAUUUUCCCCAUAUACUAGGAAAUAAUAUAGAGUGAACUGUAAAGGGAAUUUUAAGGAACAUGACAACAUCCUGUUAUACAACUGAAGAGAGAUUAAAACAAAAAUAUUUUUGGAAAUAGGCACUUCACAAAAAAAUGUACUAGGUUGUUUCAUUUUACACUUGACUGAUGGGCAAACACUCAAGAGAUUUAACAUUUUUUUUUUUUGCAAGAUGUCCCCUGUAGAGCUUCUAUACAUUCAAUCACCAUUUUUGUUCAUUAUACUUUCCAUUUCUACAUGCUAUAGGUCCUUACUUACUUUCUUGCUUUCUUCUAUAAAUUAGCCCUUGUAUUUUGUGCGAGAACACUGUUUGUGUCCCCCCCAAAUUUUCCAUUUUUUUCCCCAGUCUUGUGUUUUUAGAAUGAUGAGAUAUUGUAACAAACAUGUUUUGCUGUUUUAGUAAACUUUUAAAACAAUAGUGGUGCUGUUGUUCUUACUACAUUCUGCAGCGCUCAGCCAACAUUAUAAUAACGAGCAGUGAUAACUAUGCUUUAAGAAUGUAGAAAACGAUUCAGUGAAGUAUUCCGACUGCUUUGCAUGACCAAGUUAGUCAUGCAGCUUCUCUCCAAUGCUGGGGAUUAUAAUUUUAGUUUGUUUGCAUGUGGGAGACGGGAGGAGGGACGGGGGGCAAAAGCAUAGCUGAAUAAGUUUCCUGACAACUUUGAGCAAAGUGAGGCAUUCUUAUGAAAAAGGUUGACUUCAAAGUAUAUAUUUUCUUGACAAGAAGCCCAUUAUUACUUGAAGUAAUUUGAAUUUAUGCAAAUAUUAGGAAUUGUAGAGGUAUAAAGUUGAUGAGCCACACAAUGAAGUUAUGGGAAAGAGUAGUGGAGGCUCGACUGAGGACAGAAGUAAGUAUCUGCGAGCAACAGUAUGGUUUCAUGCCUAGAAGAG